AUGAGUUGGGUCUUUCCUCUGUCCUUUCUCUGCUUCCAUCUUCUGUUUGUGCGUCUGCUCCUCCUCCUGCAUAGCUUCCCAUCCCUGCUGGACCCGCUCCUGCUGGACCCACUCCUGCUGGACCCACUCCUGCUGGACCCACCCCUGCUGGACCCAUCCCUGCUGGACCCAUUCCUGCUGGACCCAUCCCUGCUGGACCCACUCCUGCUGGACCCAUUCCUGCUGGACCCAUCCCUGCUGGACCCACUCCUGCUGGACCCAUCCCUGCUGGACCCAUUCCUGCUGGACCCACUCCUGCUGGACCCAUCCCUGCUGGACCCACUCCUGCUGGACCCAUCCCUGCUGGACCCAUCCCUGCUGGACCCACUCCUGCUGGACCCACUCCUGCUGGACCCAUCCCUGCUGGACCCACUCCUGCUGGACCCAUCCCUGCUGGACCCACUCCUGCUGGACCCACUCCUGCUGGACCCACUCCUGCUGGACCCACUCCUGCUGGACCCAUCCCUGCUGGACCCAUCCCUGCUGGACCCAUCCCUGCUGGACCCACUCCUGCUGGACCCACUCCUGCUGGACCCACUCCUGCUGGACCCAUCCCUGCUGGACCCAUCCCUGCUGGACCCACUCCUGCUGGACCCACUCCUGCUGGACCCAUCCCUGCUGGACCCACUCCUGCUGGACCCACUCCUGCUGGACCCACUCCUGCUGGACCCACUCCUGCUGGACCCACUCCUGCUGGACCCAUCCCUGCUGGACCCAUCCCUGCUGGACCCAUCCCUGCUAGACCCAUCCCUGCUGGACCCACUCCUGCUGAACCCAUCCCUGCUGGACCCAUCCCUGCUGGACCCAUCCCUGCUGGACCCACCCCUGCUGGACCCAUCCCUGCUGGACCCACCCCUGCUGGACCCAUCCCUGCUGGACCCAUUCCUGCUGGACCCAUCCCUGCUGGACCCAUCCCUGCUGGACCCACCCCUGCUGGACCCAUCCCUGCUGGACCCAUCCCUGCUGGACCCACUCCUGCUGGACCCAUCCCUGCUAGACCCAUCCCUGCUGGACCCACUCCUGCUGGACCCACUCCUGCUGGACCCACUUCUUCGCCAUCAUCAGGUCACCCCGCACGUCACUGCUUGUAAAGCCUUCUGUAUCUCUCUUGUUCUGACUUUGGGACUUGAACAGCAUUAA